AUGUACAACAGUGGAUACUUGUUCGAUUAGCGUUGUGUCUACAGUGAUCACAAAACCUUGGGAUCACAUGAGUAAGGUUCAAUGGCACAUUGAAUGUGGUCGUCUAUUUUUCUUCAGGAGAUAUUAGAUACACUGGAUAAAGUUAGAUGGUAAAAUUAUUUUUACUACCAGUAUAUAUUCUGCAUAUACUGCAUUUGGUAGCUUCAAGGAUUUCUACAGAAGUAAACAGUACACUGAUCGUUGAGAGUGUAGGUUCAUCUGAAUGUGUCAAUGGCAUACAGUACUACGACACUGAUCAAGAAAAAUGUCGAAGAUGUCCACGUUGUAGAAAGGCUACCAAUUAUUUGCAGUUUAAUAUCAGAAUCAGUCAAGAACUCGGUGCAUUAGACUGUUAUCCUUGUUUCUGCAAGCUGGGUGUGAAGUUCAAAAACAAAUAUUCUGGCAGAUGUAGUGAGUGUCCUAUCUGUAAUACACAUGGUCAUUUAAAUAAAAGCAAGGAAAUACAAACUGAUGAAUUUCAUGGAGCAUUUGAUUGUUAUCCAUGUAUAUGUGAUCCUGGAUACUUUGCUAGUGCCUUUACACAUUACCAGUGUACAGAGUGUCAUGAUUGUCAUGGACAGAAUAAACAGUUCAAAACUAACUGUACACAAGACACAGAUUCAGAAUGUGGUGACUGUCUUGUUGGGUACAAAAAACCUUGGAUGGAAAAUGCUGCGUGUGUGAAAUUUGAAACAACGACAGUUACCCAAAAGCUCAGUUCAACUCUAGGAACAACAAAGUUAGCGGCAAUCGUUGGUCAUGGACAGGUCGAACCAUCUCAAAUCAUACUUGUUGUCAUAUUGGUCAUUGCCAUUUUCUCUGCAUUAUCAUGUAUUAUCUUCAUGGGCUACCGUUUCAUCGAUCAUCAAUCGUGUUGUAGUAAUGUCUUUCAUGACGUAUCAGCCUUAACCUCUGCUGCUACGAUUACCUCUAUAUCAUCUGUGAACAAGAAUGAUAAUCAACCAGGACAACUAAAUGAUGGUUCUACAAUCACUGCUGUGGAUGCUUUACUUUCAGAAAGUGCAGACAUUGAACAAAAUGAGGACCCACAACUUGAGUGUGAUGGUUUGCUGACUGCAGAACAACCACAGAAUGUGCAAAGAACCUCAGAUGAUAAACAUGUUUACAUUAUUUACCAGAAAGGUGAUUUUAAUGAUGUUCACAUUAACACACUGCCAAGUUCACCAUCUUGAUCUUUAU